UAGCCAGGGGUCUCCCUCGAUUGCCUCCACCAGAUCCCGAGCUCAAGUUUUCCUCCACCUCAGUAUCGUCUCGAGUCUCGAGCAGAGCACCCCAGCGAUUCCCCCCAAAAAUUUCGCCUACAAACUUGUACUUUCUUUCCGCGAGAUUUUAUCAUCCUGAUUAUCAUCAUCUGACACCCCUGGAGGGCCGAUCGGUGAAGUUCAAUCGAGUGAUCAUUUGUGUGAGUGACGACAGCGGAAAAAAAACUGUGAAGUGAAAACAAUCGAGAAAAAAAUGAUGGAGACAGCCAAGAUGGAGCCGCUGACUCCCCCCCACACCCCCCCCUCGGGGCACCACACACACGUGGGCUCGCCCCCCCGUUGGAUCCGUCAAAUGCCACCCCACGGGCCACCCCCUCAUCCGAGUUAUCACGCAGCGAUAUUCGAUCACUGGUUACGCGGUGCAGCGGUGAUGGCAGCCCGUGGCUACUGUCCCCAAACACCACCCCAUCAUCAUCAGGCACCUCUUCACCCGGGCCUGGCAAUCCCACCGCCAGCGAGUUUUCUCACUAGACGACUGCCCGGUCAACGACCGAAAAAACAAUUCAUCUGUAAAUUCUGCAAUCGUCAGUUUACGAAGAGCUAUAAUCUUCUUAUUCACGAGCGAACCCAUACGGAUGAGAGACCGUACUCCUGCGACAUCUGUGGAAAGGCGUUCAGGAGGCAGGAUCAUCUCCGAGAUCAUCGGUACAUCCACAGUAAGGAGAAGCCCUUCAAGUGCACGGAGUGCGGCAAAGGUUUCUGCCAGAGUAGAACCCUCCAGGUCCACAAAGCCCUCCACCUGGAGCAAUCCCCGCACAAGUGUCCCGUGUGCUCCAAGAGUUUCAACCAACGCAGUAACCUGAAGACACACCUCCUGACCCACACCGACGUGCCCCAGGACCUGCGCGUGGAGCCCCACGACUCCAUGAUCCACCAGCAGACAUACGUCACCCCGACGCCACCCCCAAAAUUGGGCUUCAGCAUAGAAGACAUCAUGAGACGUUAAGAAGACGAUCCGCCAGGGUCUCGAGAGGAUCCAGGGGUCAGCCCGGUGAUAAGGAGUCCAUCUCCUCUGUACAUAGCCAACUAAUAUAUCCAAUCACUCCUAAUUUAUUGAACCCCAGAAUCAAUCUCCCCGUCAUCUCGUGUCCGCUAUUUGUCUCAAGAGGAAAAACAAUUUUUCGACCGAAAAGUGUCAAGCAAUUUGAAUUGCUAACCAAACCCGAUAGUCAUCGGGCGAGAACUGCGCAUGUCCAAGGCGACACCAGAUGGCCUAUCUCCGUUAAAAUUAGGAUUUUUCAAUCAGAUAACCUAAAAGAGAAGAAACUAACCUUUUUCCCGUCUUUUGUUCCUCAAUUUUUUCCCCUCCCCAGUGAACUGUAAAUAGCCCCUGGUCACCUUGGACCACCCAUACUGUACAUACCCCACACCUCGUCCAUUUUCCAUCUUAUCAAAACCUUUUAGCCUCCUCUCCUGCGUUACCAUUAAUUUAAAAGGGUGUAAAUAAUAGGUAUACAACGCCACCUCUGGAUGUACCUUAUCUUUUUGAUGUACAUCGUGUUUAAAACUUAUUGAUGUGAGUGUAUAACCUUAAAAAAAUGUUUAAAAAAAAUCAUGGACUUGAGUACCUACUUUGAGAAGUUACCAAAUCUCUCCAGAAAUGUGUGAUUGAUUCGACGAAAAUUUACCCCGCGUAUUAUUAAUUAUCAUAGAUACCAAAAAUGUUAGUUUAUGGGAGGAUAUCCUCACCCUAGUCUGUAUUAAAGAUUUAUAG